AUGAGGGCAUGUGGAGGGCAGCGAGGACUUGAGCGUGCCUGUUCUCGGACGGAGGAGAGCUGCUCGGGCUCCUCGUUACCGUACUCCCACUUCCUAGUCAUCACCAUUUGCGUUGUGACAUCUGCCAGAAAUCUUAAUCAUGGGUUGUGGCCCCUGCAGAGUGGGCAUGAACAGAUGCAGACACUCUGUUUUCUCUUGCAGUUUGGGGCAGAGUUCAGAAGGUUCUCCCUGGAUCGCUACAAGCCAGGAAAGUUUGAAGACUUCUACAAACUAAUUCUUCACAUUCAUCACAUAGCCAACCUGGAAGUGAUGAUCGGAUAUGCUGAUGUGCAUGGAGACCUUCUCCCUAUUAAUAACGAUGACAACUUCUUCAAAGCCGUUUCAAGUGCUCAUCCACUCCUCAGGGUUUUUAUACAAAGACAAGAUGAAGUGGACUACAGUAAUUUUGGGACCAACACACUGUCGAGGAAGAAGAAGGCUCUGGUGACACUCCGCAAUGACAACCUCCGCCGGCGUCCUCACAUUAACAUUAGCAUGCCUCAUGAUUUUAGACCGGUGUCUUCCAUAAUCGAUGUGGACAUUCUUCCUGAAACACACAGGAGAGUGCGGCUGUACCGACAUGGGUGUGAGAAACCCUUAGGAUUUUACAUUCGUGAUGGCACCAGUGUAAGGGUUACUCCUCAUGGACUAGAAAAAGUACCUGGUAUUUUCAUCUCUCGUAUGGUUCCUGGAGGCUUAGCGGAGAGCACGGGCUUGCUGGCUGUGAAUGAUGAAGUCCUGGAAGUUAAUGGCAUUGAAGUAGCAGGAAAGACUCUCGACCAAGUCACAGACAUGAUGAUUGCCAACAGCCACAAUCUUAUUAUCACGGUCAAGCCAGCAAACCAGAGGAACAAUAUUAUUCGAAGCAGUAGGAUGUCUGGUAGCUCUGGCCAGUCUACAGACAGCACUGCUAGUCACCAUAGCUUGCCUACAUCCCACGUGCUGCAGAACUUCCACCCUGAUGAAAUGGAGAGUGACGAAGAGGCUGACAUUGUCAUCGAGGGCGGCCUGGAGCCACAGCACAUUCCUAAACUGCACAGCCUUACUUCCAGUAGCCUCUCUCGAAUCAAUGGCAGCAGCCUUAGCCACAGACUUCAAAGGGACCUGGUGCUCAACAACAACUCUGGCCGAGAAAGCAACGGCAACAUCCACAAAUUACUCAGUUCCUUAAAAACUGAUCCCCGACACAGUCUGGUUAUCCCCAGAGGAGGAAUCGAGGAGGAUGGAACAGUCAUUACACUUUAG